AUGUUUGCGGACCGUGUGGUGAUCCCAUCUUCCCUUCGACCCACUGUACUACGCCAGUUCCAUGCGGCUCAUCCUGGUACCAGCCGGAUGAAGUCUAUUGCUCGCAGUUUUGCCUACUGGCCGGGUAUCGACGGCGACAUCGACGACCUGGUUCGACGCUGUUCUCGAUGUCAGCAAGCUGCCAAGAUGCCGCCUCGUCAACCUCCAAUACCCUGGCAACCACCGGAGAGGCCUUGGUCACGCGUGCAUAUCGACUUCGCUGGCCCACUUAACGGAGUCUCCUACCUAAUCUUGGUUGACGCCUACUCGAAGUGGCCCGAGAUUGCACCGCUGAAUCCAGCGACCACAUCUGCCACUAUCGCCUUCCUACGACGCAUCUUUAGCCAACAAGGCUUACCGGAAGUCCUGGUUUCAGACAAUGGCUCUCAGUUUACUUCGUCGACAUUUGAGGAUUUCUGCCACCAGCACAACAUCCAGCAUGUUCGCUCCCCGCCCUACCAUCCUCAGUCUAACGGCCAGGCGGAGCGUUUUGUCGACACGUUUAAGAGGGCCCUCUUGAAAGCUCGUGGGGAGGGGACCACGGACGAGAUAGUCCAGGCAUUCCUGUUUUCCUACAGGACAACACCGAACCCGGUGUCCCCUAGUGGCGUUUCUCCAGCCCAAGCGUUGAUGGGCCGAAAACUGCGUACAACGUUUCAUGCCUUCGUCCCUACCGGUGCGCAGCCCGCGCAGACUUCUCCAGUUUCUCGCAGCAAGCUCUCCAUCGGAACACCUGUCUUCGUUCGUGAUUAUCGAGCGGGGUUCCCAGACUGA